AGAGGAAGGAAGGAAGCCGGGAGGAGGAAGUGCCCAGUCCUCCAGAGCAGGCCAUCCUCUCUUGGCCUUCUCCUCCUUCUCUUCUCCUCCUGGGGGUCUUCUUCCCUGGAGAUCUGUAGUUGCUGUUGUCCUGUUACUGGUAAAACAGAAUCCCUUGAAUCACAAAGGGAAAGGCCAGGCCUGCUUUUGCAGAGGGAAUAUUUCCAAGCUGCAGGGGGUUGAAUCCGUGGAUACUGAGGGAGGAUAUGUGAUGAUUGGCUGAGAAUUUUGGAGUAGAGCCUGUUCAGGGAUUUCUUUCCCUUGAGAGAAGAGGGAAGGAGAGCAUCUUGGGUCCAGGUUGCUGCUUCAUCAAACAGUGGUUCCAACAUGGAGAAACCAAAGUCAACUAAGCUCCUGAGUGUUGACCUUUAUAGCCCAGUCAUACAGUGCAAGAGGUUCAGACAGUUCUCCUACCGAGAGGGCGAGGGGCCCAGAGAGGUUUGCAGCCGCCUCCACGAUCUCUGCGGCCAGUGGCUGAAGCCCGAGCAACACACCAAGGCUGAGAUGCUGGACCUGGUGAUCCUGGAGCAGUUCCUGAGCCUCCUGCCCCCAGAGAUGGGGAGCUGGGUCCGAGAGUGUGGGGCAGAGACCUCUUCCCAGGCGGUGGCCCUGGCGGAAGGCUUCCUCCUGAGUCGGGCAGAGGACAAGAAGCAGGAAGAACAGGUGAGAGCAUUUCCUCUUGGUUUCACUAACCUUGGGACUGAUUGAUAGCUUUCCCAUAGGUUCCACUCUUCCAAGAUGGGACUAUAAGAGAGCUAAGCCGGACUCUGUUCCCUCUGUGUCUUUCCCACCUGCUCUGCCCCUCCUGCUGUCACCUCCUUAUCCGCUGUAAGCUCGGUUGCUCCUCUACUCAGAUUUGUUGACCUCCAGAUGUAAUACUGAAAAUGAUGGGAGGGGGAGUGUGGCAUUUGUUU